AUGAUCCCUGAUUCUAGUUGGACCAACUCCAUGAAUCAAAUUGUGACUGAAUUAUUAGCAGAAGUAGAUACAGGGAAGCAAGUAAAUGGAUCUGAGCUGACUUAUCUACCUGUUAAAUACAAAGAAAUCAAUUCUAAUCAGGUUCCUGUUCUGUUAUCUCCUUCAAUAUCUUCCAUGGUACACAAAAAGUAUAACAUAGUUUAUGCCAACAAUUCCGAAGUUGAUUUGUUUAAUUUUGAUGAUCCCGAUUGCAAUUACAAGUUCCAUCAGAGCUCUCAAAGAAAAAUGAUUAAGGAAGGCCUCACAAAAGAUCAGACAAACAAAAACGGCAAAGAUUUGUUGAGCACCCAACAAGUCAGUUCUAUGAUUGAGUCUGCAACCAAAAGGCUAGGAGACCACUCUUCGUUAAAGAAACUUCUUAGUAAAAGUAUCGAUACCUCUGCAGAAGUGUCUGACUUCAACCUUAAUGAAGAAAUUAAUGAUCACGAAAAUAUUGAUGAAAUCGAAGGCUUCAGAUACUCAGUGCACAUCAUCUCCACAGGAGCCAAAAGAACUAAGAAAGUUAUUAGAUGAAGAUUCGGGUCCUGAGACAAGCUCUUUACUAGAACCCCAAGCUUUGUCAAUCAUGCAAGAAUGCAUCUUGGAAUCAGACCAUACCAAUGAGAUGUUUGAAAUGCUUCAUUUACUCAGAAAGGAAACAUGCUCAUGCACAAGCGUGCAAUACAUGAGAGAAACAACUCUCAAUAGAGAUGAAGGACGCUUAUAGAUACUUUUGAUGUUUAUACACUUGCUUUACUGCUGCUCAGCACCAGUUAAAAAUGGUGAAUAAACAAACAAGGUUGGUCUGGAUCUCGAUUCAACACCC